GGAUAGUCGAGCAUGCGUGCAACGUGGAACAUAGAAAAUGUCAAUUUUCGAUGAAUUAUGGUUAUGAAGAUAUCGUCUUAUUUGUGCUAACUAGAAUGUAACCUUAAAGAGUGACCCGAGGAAAAUUUAAACCAUUAUGGGAGCCAACAGUAGUAGUAUCAGUGAACUGACUAACAAUGAAUAUUUGAUGAAGCUAGCCGGCACAGAAUCUCUGUCUACUAUUGAUCCAUUCUGGAAUCAACUGUUGUCGUAUUCUUUCCUGAUCCCAAUAAACAGCUCUGAUGCCAAACUUUUAGAAGAAUCAACUGUUUCAGUCUGUAAGAACCUUGCCAUCAACAAUGCAAAAUCAGGAAAUUUUGGAUCACUUGUACGGAACUUUCUCGUCAGAGCUACAGAACUGAAAGCAUCAGCGCAAUGUGAAGAUAACAUAUUCACCUGGCAGACAUAUAAUGCCCUGUUUAUCAUCAGAAGUCUUUGUAAAUAUUUUGUGGAACAUUUGAGUGAAGAACUUAUCAUUCAACAGUUUGAAGCCAGACUACCUAACAUGGAUGGAUAUGUAGAAGCAGAUGAAGUUGGACCACUGACAGAGGAACUCAUGAAUUCAUUGGUAGAAUUAUUGGUAGAUGUUCCUGUUGUGAAUUUUACAUAUGCUCUACACUUAGAAGCUCUGAACACACUACUGGUAUUAUUGUCAAUACAGAUGUUCCAACCACAAUCUGCCAGUAAAUUUGUUACUUACAAGUACAUGAUGGAGGGAAGAUGUUCUAUCCAUGCCUGUUUAUUGAUAAAGGCAUUGUUACGGAAUUAUACAUCACAGCAGAAAUGUCCUCCAGAAUUAUAUAAACAUACGUCAGAUGCUAACAGCAUGGUUGCUUCUGUGGCUGCCAGCUUGUGGUCGGUUAUGACACUAGGAAUGGCAAACAAAACUGAGAAAACUGAGGCAGAAUAUCAGGAGACAUUAUUAGCCAAUCAGAGCCUGUUAUUUCUGUUAGUGCUAUCUAACCAUUGUACAACAGAGUUCAGCUUGAACAACCCAUACAGAGAGGCUUUGUGUUCAUUUACUAACUCACAGGAUCAGUCUACUCCAAGUCCAACCAAAGUAGCAGCCACAUUCAAGUUUGACUUUACAGAUCUGUAUAAUAGUUUGUGUUCGUCAUUACGAGAUGACCAGACGACGUUACUGUUGUAUUUAUUGAUACAUCAGAAUGCUUCCAUGAAGGCUUUCAUAUUGUCUAGAACAAAUAUUGAUCAAUUAGUGAUGCCGAUCCUCAAGAUAUUAUACCAUGCCCAGGACAGAAACUCACAUCACAUUUACAUGGCUUUAAUAAUACUACUGGUUCUUAGUGAGGAUGAAGUCUUCAACAAAGCUGUUCAUGAAAUUAUAUUACGAGAUAUCCCCUGGUUUAAAGAUAGACAUCUGACAGAGAUUUCACUUGGUGGAUUGUUGAUUGUUGUGGUUAUCCGAACAAUACAGUAUAAUUUAACAAGGAUGAGGGAUAAGUACCUGCAUACUAAUUGUCUGGCAGCAUUAGCCAACAUGUCUGCUCAGUUCACAAAUCUCCAUCCAUAUGUUUCACAGAGACUUAUUAAUUUAUUUGCUUUGCUAGGCAAGAAGCACAAUAAGGUGAUUGACAUGAUCCGAGACGCUGCACUGGAGGAUACAGAAGAUCACGGUAAAGAUUCUGAUCAGGAAUCUGAACCAGAUCAUAUGCAAGAUCUUGCUGUGUUAGAAGAAGUUAUUCGAAUGGUUUUGGAGAUUGUAAACAGUUGUUUAACGAACAAUAUACAUCAUAAUCCUAACCUUGUAUAUACAUUAUUAUAUCAAAAAGACAUUUUUUCUCAAUUCAGAACACAUCCAACAUUUCAGGAUUUAAUACAAAAUCUUGAUACAGUGUUGUGUUACUAUUCAACAAAACUUGAACAACAUGGAUCAAAUAUGUCACCAAAGGAAGUGUUAGAAGUUAUCAUUGAGUCUUCUAAAACAUUUAGAAGGGACAGAUUAAAAAAAUUUCCUGACCUGAAGUUUAAGUAUGUAGAAGAAGACUCUCCUGAAGAAUUUUUUAUUCCCUAUAUCUGGUCAUUAGUGUACCAUUCAUCAAACAUGUACUUUAAUGCUGCAAGAAUUGUAUUGUUCUCAUUGUCUAGUUCCUGACAAGCAAUAAGAUCUGUUGAUCAGGUUUUAGUUCUUAAUGUUCCCGGCUGCAAGCUAGAGAUAACACAAUGUGGGGACAAUGUACAAAUAUCCCUGGAUCUGCCCUUCUUAUAAAUACAGAUUUUAUAGAAUUUUCUAAUAUCUAUCAGCUGAUGGUCAGUCGACAUUGAAGAUGAGAACUGCUUUUCAUUGUUGUACAAGUAAUUCCCCUUGGUAAAUUAAUAAAUUUGACCUCAAAUGGACAAUGAAUUUGGUUCCUUUAUUUUUGAUACGGAAAAAUCAUAAAUUGUUUAGGUAGUAUUAUCCAAAAGCCACAAGUUUGUUUAAAUUUUUUGUUUGUAACAAGAAGGUGAAAAAAUAUAUUUUCAGCUAUGUUCAACAGUAAACUGAUUGUUAUAGUUUUCAAGUUGAUAAAAUUCUAUGCUUGCACUUUCCCUUUUUAAUUAACUGAAUUUUCAUUGGCACCAUAAACACAUACAUGUCUUCAGAACCAUGAUAAUUUAAAGUCAUCUUUUGGUUAUAUAAUCAGCACAUUGCAUUUAGUUGGAAUCAUUUUUAGUUACUUUUUCAUAUUUUUUUAUGUUGCUUCAAAUAACCAUACCAUUGCUAAAAUGUGUUGUGUAUUAUCGCAAUUUUCUUUAAAAAGAGCAUAACAGUGAUGUUAUUUAUAGAACUUGUUAAUUACGAUAGUAUUGAUGUAAAGUUAUUGGUCUUUUGAAUAAACUCAUUCAUUAAGGUUAUCAAUUCAUCAAAGUAAGAUCUUUGAAUAUUAUUUCAAUUGUCUUUAAAGGUUCAUAUAUUGAUUUUACACAUAACUGAAAUUGUAUUGAUAUGAAGUUAAUAUCAACACUCAUGGUUUUAAAUUCUGUUGAUACUUAUAUUGUUGCAUUGCAUAUGAUCAUGCUUUUUUCUGACUGCUUAUAAUGUUUUAAAUCUAAAUCCAUUGGAGAUGUUCUAAUUGAUACUUUAGACUUUGAAAGUAUGAUAUAUUUAUCAGUUGAAAUUGGGCUUUGUAUUAGAAUGUAUUUGAUAUAGUCGGGAACCUGAAAUCUAUUUCUGUUAAUUCGUAAAUUUUUGUGUGCAUUUAUUAUUUGCAAUAGUUUGACAAUAGAGGAAUGUGCAAGAUUAAUUAUUGCUAUUUCAAGAAAUUCAGCAUUUAAAUAAUGACAAAUGCAAGGUUGUUUUUUUUAAAAACCUAUCCUGUGGUAAUUUUUGCAAUAAUAACAGCAUUGCAAAAAUUUCUGAAUUUACAGUAUUUCUAUGUAAGUACUCCUGUUCUUGCAUUGUGCUCCAUUCAAGAGUAUUAUGUUAUGUUCCAAUCCCACCAAUUAUUAUAUGCCAUGAGCAAAAUUUUAAAUUUUACUUCCUUCUUUUGUUGUCUCCCUUGUGAGGAAAUGUGUUGAAACCAGACUUAGGUAUGCUGUUUCAGGUAUCAGGGACAAUUGUUAAAGUUUGUGAUAAGGGUACACAAGCAAGACAUAGCUAUUUAUGGAAAUUGUUGUUAAAUGAUGAUACAAAACUAACACCUCUAUAUUUUGUUCAUAUCUAAUUUAAGUAUUUAUUAUCCACUCUUGAUUGUUUUUAUCUACUAAUUUUACUUAUGAAAUUCAAAUGGCUGGAUUAGAUGAAAAUGGUAAUCAUUGGGUUAUUGUGGUAAAUUUUAUAUUCCCUUGCAAAAAGGAUUAAUUUUUUAUGAAGAUCGAAGAUAUUGAUCGGUUUCGAUAUGACGUAAUUUGAGGUUCAGUUAUUUCCUUUGGCUACCAUUUUGGAGGGGAAAUGGCUGAUUUUCUUAUUUGACUAACCAAAUUGAAACAUUCGAUACAAACAAGUCUGAUAACAAAAUCCUUACUAGAUCGUAGUUAUGAAUCAAGCAAGGCUAAAAGAAAUUAAAAUUGUUUAGAACAUGACUUUUUCUAAAGCCUAGCAGUAAGUAUAUCAAGUUGAAUUUGUGCACGUAGACCUUUAAAAUGGUGACACAAGGGAAGUAACCCUUGUUCAAAUUGUGGCAAUUGAAACAUCUAUUGUGGGCCUUGAAUGUUAUUGGUUUGCUUUCAGUAUAGAUUUGUAAGUAUUUGAAGUUUCAGAUCUGGAAGUACUUCAUGUUGUGGAAGAAUUGUAGUUUUUUAAUUCUCUUUGUUUAUUUGUUUUGUUAUGGAAAGCAUGUAAUGCAUUCUCUUGCAAGAUGAAUUUUCUCUGAAAUUACUGAAAGAAAACAGAAACAAGUCCACCCCUUGCAGUUUCCCUAGGUACUGUUCUUUUAUCAUAAAGGCUGUUCCAUUAAACAUAAUGGGAUCCAGGGAAGGCACUUGAAAAUAAUUCAUUAAGAAUUUAAAGUUUAUUUUAAGACGGCAUAUAUAUACACAAUGACAAAGAAAACAUGAGCUCUGAUGAGCAGCUAUGUAUGGGUGUCCAAAUAUUUUGUUGUAUUAAGAAAAAAUUCGAAGUGAAAUUUUAUUGAAUUGCUUUUUUUGUUGGGUACCCAAUUGUCAAAGUCUUUUGGCAUCAUGUAUGUUUUUAUGGAAUAUAAGUAUUAAUGGGUCUGAUUAUUGUAUGUUCUAAUUGUAAAUGUACCAUUACUAAUUUCUAUAGCAAAUUGUUUAUGAUGUAUUUAUGUGAUAGACUGCUUAGUUUGUGAUAUAAAUAACCAUUCAUACUGUCAUUACAGAUAGUAAAUUGAUGGAGUCAUGUUGAGAAUAAUAAUAUAUGUAAUAAGUUCACAUGAAUAUGCCGAUCAAAACAACUGAUAAUAUCUGGUCACACGGUAUUUUCUUUUGCAGUAAUUUUUUUGACAAGUUGUUUUUAUAUUCAAUACUGAAUAAAGAAUUCAAAGUUCUUGUUGCAAACAAAUUUGAAUUUUAUGUAUAAGAACGUAUCCAAAAGCCCUAGGGGAUUCCAAUUUUUUAUUGACACAAAAUGCAUGAAAAUGUUCUCUGUUAGUAAAUGUGCCUUCACAUAUGUGAACAAUGGGAGGCAAAGGGUACACACUUCAAUGAGACAGCAACCCAGAAAUACAUUAAAGAUAUGAACAUAUAAUUGCAUUCAAUAUAUUCUUAAUUUUUCGUAUUUAUCAGUUUGUUUGAGACGUCAAGAUAUUGAAGUCAUUAAACUUGAUUCAGAUUUUCAGUAUAAAGUAAUGAUAUAUUUUAGAGUAUUUGUUAUUGUAAGUAAUUGUAAAUAUGAGGUUAAAUAUGUAUAUCUGUGGUUAAAUAUUUAUUGUUAUAGUCAGUACAUUGAUUACAAAUUGCAAAAAUAUGUUGAUUUUGUUACUCAAUUUGCAUUAAUUUAAAAUAAUUUUGAUAGAGUUUGUACAUAAAAAUUAUUUUAAAUUUCUCCAUGAGUAUGCUUAAGUUUUUGUUUACUCUUUUUGAUUAGGCUAUGUAACUAUAUAUUUUAAAGCAUAAACAUCUUAAAAUACUGUUAAAUCUUCUAUUAGUGGUUCAUGGUUUUGACUUUUUCCCUUCAAAAUAAAAAAAACCCAAAACACUCAAAUAUGCUUCAAAUUACUAAUAUGAAACAGACACCAAAGCAACCAAGGUCAAAUGUCAACUACAAAGCUAAAAAAAGCAGUAUUUAGUCAUAGUACUGGACCAAUAUUAUGUAGAUGUCACAAAUGUUCAAAGAUGAACUAUAGACUUAAUUGUUGUUAUAUUGAUAUUCAGAUUCAUGGGGCUAACACAUUAUUUACACAAAUUGUUUCUAUUUAAGUUCAUCAUCAUAGUUAUUCACUGCCAUUUAGGGAUCAAACCUGCAUUAGAUACCUUCUUAUCAUUGUGAUAAUUGUGUCGCAGGCGUGGAAAUUUUUUUACUGCAAAUUCUGAAAUUUCUUUUAAAAUGUUUUUAUUAUUGCAAAAAUCCUGAUGGGAUAGGUUUUGUAAAAAUAAAUACUUGCAUUAUAAAUUUUCAGUAUUUUUAUGCAUCAUUCCUGAUAUUGUAAUAAUUAAUCUCAUAUUUUUGUCAUGGUUUAGGUCAAUUGACAUAUAUCCGAGAUCAUUAAUGGUAAUUAUUGUUAACUUAUGUAAUUUGCCCCCUUACUGCUUUUUUUACAGUUCAUAACUGUAGUAAUUAAUUUCACAUUUUUGUAAUGAAUCAGGUCAGUUAACCUGAAAUCAUUCAUGAUAAAAGUUCUUUAACUGUAAUGGAUAUAUUUUGCCCCCUAACAGUUGUUUUCACUGAUCAUAACUGUCGUACAAGGAAAAAGCUGUUAGUUUUUUUUUAUCAUUUAUGUAUUUACACAUUUAGGUCAUACUUCUGCCUCAUUUCAAAACUUUUCUGUAUUGGGCUGUUAUUUCAUUGUCGUAAAAGGUUUUUCUUGUUAUGAAUUAUGUUAUGCUUUGUUGUAGAAUAUUUUGUGUUUAUUAAGAUAUUUCUUUAUAAAAAUGUGAAAUAAAAAUUAUAAUUUAUUUUAA